AUGAAGCGCACAGCUGCCCUCAUAGUGCAAGUGUGGUACCGCAGGCUGGACUCAGGCUUGGGCAUUCCGAGAGUGAAUCCGCUGGGGCAGAAGGUAGUCACCUUCAUCGCGGAUAGGGUGGUGGACGAAGCGUCGGUAUUGGUGGCUUUGGACGUGGACGAUGGAACGCUGCUGUGGAACUCCACUGGUAUUCGGUCCAACACCUUUACCGCCCCCUUCGUGCGAGUCGGCCAGUUGGAGAACGGGCUGCUCGUGGCUGACUUUGUAGAGGACAGCUCGGCUUCCAAUACAACUUGGGAAGGUUUCGUCGUCCUCGUCACCAAGGCACUGAGGCCAUCGAACAGUCGGAAGCAGUGGUCCGGGACGCAGCAGCUGUCCCGCUGGAACCAGCUCUACGUGGUGAGAUGGGGCGACCAGAACUCCCUGCUGAGACUCCAAGCUGCCAUCUACUCGCCCUACAGUCCAGCGGCGACCUACAAUUGGACCUCUCCACUCUUCGGGGACCGUGAUCCUGGCCUCUACGCUGCGCAGCGACGAGGUAUCCUCUUGCACGCGACAUAUGAGCCCAACUCAGUCAGGCGCCUCGAGCCGUCCACGCUCAAGCCCAUGUGGGGGAUACCAGAAGUAGGCAGCUACGACCAGGUCUACAUCUCCACCUUCAUCGAGGACAUCUUCCUGGUGGUGAGCACUGCCCCCAGCGCUCCGUUCAUCAAUGUCGUGACGGCUUUCUCGCUCGAGUUCGGCACCGCCCUGUGGAAAUGGACCACCACGUCUCAGGUGGCCUCAGCCUUCAUCUACUCCGGCACCGCGGUUGACAGGAAGACCGGCAACCAGCGCCUGUGCGGAAGACUGGUCCAGCUAGCGUCGAAGACUCCCGAAGAACGCCUUCUGUGCAUCGAGCCCUGGAGCGCCCGCGUCACGCUCAACGUCACCCUCAGGUGUUCCAGCGACCUUGCUUAUCCUAAGGCCGAGUUCAUGGUGCGUUCAUCCCGCAAGUACCCAUCCGUUAUCUUACGCCUGCACAACACCCAGGCCAUCUAUGACACUUGGGCGCUGGUCAAGGACACAGCGUCAGGCAAUCUGUUAGCCCUCAGCUGCUUCAACCCCACCGAAGCGAGCCUGGCAACACCCUCGUGGGUCUUCCCGAACCAGCGAGACCUCUCCUCGGUGACGGUGAGCGAGGACGGCUUGUCCUAUCUGAUCGCCUCUUACAAGCCCUACGUCAACAACGCCUUCCGGUCGGCCAUCGCCAGAUGGGAUCGCAACGCGACUCUUGGCCUGUAG